UGUAGUAAUAGCAAGCUGCAAAAAAUGUCAUCAAAGCGUCAUCCGGCGAAUCUCCCGCCGUAAGCACCCAUUCUAGACACCCAAAGCCCCUACGGAAAGUCAAUUAUACCCUUACUCUACUCGUACAAAAACCAGUUUUAUAUCUUCUCCUUUUACUUUUUCAAGAAGAAUCUUUUUCACUCUCUUCACACUGACAUUAACAUUCUCCUCUCCGAUCCCCAAUUCCAAAACCCUAAAAGACCACUAACCUGACCCAUGACAAAAGAAUUCACCGUGCCGCCAGUAAUAUUUCCUUCAGGCGGAAAUCCCACUGUCGCCGGAGCCUCCAACAUGCAACAACGCCGUGUUCCCACGGCGCCGUUUCAACCUCCCCGGCCAUCAAACUCAGGAAUCCCAUUCAUGUCGUUCGAGAUCGGUUCCGCUACAACUGCAGCACCUUUCGGCGCCGGACCAAUAGGAGGAGGUGGCUCUGCUGUAUCCUCUGCCGGUGCCAAUUUUGACGACGAAGAACCACUUCUCGAUGAACUCGGCAUCCAUCCAGAUCAAAUCUGGAGAAAGACGAAAUCGAUCUUGAAUCCAUUCCGGGUCAACCCGAACGUCCACAAAGAUUCGGAUCUAUCCGGUCCGAUCUUUUUAUACCUAUCUCUUUGUUUAUUUCAAUUACUCGCUGGGAAAAUCCAAUUUGGCGUGAUAUUGGGGUGGAUUGUUGUAUCGUCGAUAUUUUUGUACGUGGUGUUCAAUAUGCUAGCUGGGAGAAACGGGAAUUUAGAUCUGCAUACGUGUACAAGUGUAAUUGGCUACUGUUUAUUACCGGUAGUUAUUUUAUCAGCGAUCUCGUUAUUUUUACCCAACGGUGGGCCUAUAAGGUUUAUGAUCGCUGGUCUGUUUGUGAUAUGGGCUACUAGGGUCUGUACGAAUCUAAUGGUAUCAGUUGCUGAUGGAGGCGAAGAACAUCGUGGAUUGAUUUCGUAUGCUUGUUUCUUGAUUUACACUCUGUUUUCUUUGCUUGUUAUAUUUUAAUGAAUAAUGAGAAUUCAUGUUGAUUUUUCUUUUGUAGUUUUAAAAAUGUCAUAGUUUUUUUUUUCUUUUUUUUUUUAAUUAAAAAAACGUUUGUUACAAGUUUAUCAUGAAUCUAAUGUAAUGUUGACCUUGGUAAAGUCA